AUGUCCGCGAUACUUUACGGCGCAAUCUUCGCUGCAGCCGCCAAUGCUGCGAACAUCACAACGUCCAUCUGGCUGCCCGGCGCUGCUAAUGCGGAUGCAACAUUCGUUGGAUCUGUUAUUGAACACUCCGGCGACUCGACCGUCUUGUCGCUCGCUUUUGCCGACGCGGCCAUCACACCCGACCUCUUUCGCAGUGCCCCACAGCAAGUCACCAUAGGUGGCACCACAUACGUCGCCUACAAUGUCAGUGCAAAUGAUGGAGGAGCCUCGCUUGCACCUGCGGAUGCUUUCUCAAUCACCAUUGAACUUGAAUGCCGAAGAUCGAGUGGAGGCAUCAGCGCUAUGCCUACGUGCACGCUUUCGACGCUCGGCGCAGGGGAUAUGUUCGGCGAUAUUUGCGCUGGGAUGACAUCGCAAUACUAUAUCAACAACUUCCCGCUGAUUAUUACGGCGGGCACUGAGAAGCUUGGAGCGUCGGCCGCUGCGACACCCAACGCGGGUAGCGUUUCGGUCACCACUGGAAGUACAUCGCUAACUUCAGCGUCAUUAUCAAUCCUAUCUCCAUCUGCGCAACAGGCUACCGGAGGUGCCGCGCCGAUGAAGACCAUGGCGCCUGCGCUGGCUGGUUUGGGUGCGGCUGUAGGUGCCUUCUUCUUGUAA